CGUACUCGCGUGUUCGGCGAGAGGACCCACGAGGAUCGAUCGGUCUCGUUACCUCGUGCCGACAUUCAUCUAUUGUUACUUUGUCAUUGGUGAAACGCUCGCCCUUCAAUGAAAUUCUCAGCAUUCAUCAAGGAAGUCAAAAUAUAGCAGGCACAUGUCGUACGCCGGGAGGAACGCCCGAGGAUCGUUGUGAUCUGGCUGAUCAGUUCAUCUGUUCGUAAUCAGAGUCAAGUGGAAUGUUGGGACACUGUGAAGUGCCGCGAAUCGUCACUAUAGACCGUCGCUCGACAAGAUAGUUAAUGCGAUGACUCCAUUAGUAUUGAUUGAACACGGAGUACAAGUUGAGGGAGCGUUGUGCGAUUGGCAAUCCAAGGGUUAAAAGGAUGCAUCUAGGGGAGGCAAUGUAGAAGCCACCUCCGAGCAUGAACUUCUUCUCCCUCCCUCCUGAGCUUCUCGUGGCGAUUGUCGCCUAUCUCGACGUUCCCGACAUUCUCGCCUUUUGCUGCGUCUGCCGUCUCGCACAAGACGUCUUCGAGAAUUCCACUCUUCUUCAGUAUCUUGUUGGCCUCUUCGUUUCCGGAAUGGUAGAUGAAAACGUGCUCAGUAAACUAGGCAUUCGAGACCGCCUAGAGUACCUAAUGCGCCGGGAAUCCGUUUGGAAGAGCCUUGAUCUUAAGCCAGAACGGAGAGUAACAAUCCCUGUCGAGCACCGCCAUUCACAUAUACAUGAUCUAACAGCGGGAAUAUACAUCUAUGGAGAACUCAGCGCAAUCCCCGACAGCAUACGUACAAGCAGCCUACGCCAUGUACACUUACCGACGUGCAUACAUGACCUUGUGAAGUCAAGAUCUGCCGCAUCGCAAGAACGAAGCUGGUGGAACAAUGUUCCGCUGGGAGUUGAAGCACUCAAUAUCGGAGUUUCCCUCGAACAUAAUGACUUGCUCGCUGUUCUUACGUCAGUCCUGCUGCCUAACGCCGGCGAUAUGCAUGUUUUUCAGUUACACCUGAAAAAGUUCUCAAAUUCAGUGUAUCAUCCACUCGCACAGCAGCCUAUAAUCCAAUUCCACGAACAUCGAAUCGAAGGAAAUCAGUGCAUUGCGUCGAUUGAUAUUGCAGGGCCAUACCUUGUGGUCCUUUUGACUUGGAUGAGGGCUCCUAACACGCCUGAUGAGCUGUUUGUUUACGACUGGAUGACCGGGGUGCUAAUCAUGCACAUUUCUUCAGGAAGCUUUACGUACCGUGGGGCGACUUUCCUCUCUAACGAUACCUUCAUAAUGACAAACAUGCGGGAAAAUGCGAUCGAAUUUUUGCGCUUGAAAGGGGAAGCAGGACUUGUUACGUGUAGAUGGAUAGGCAAACUCGCAUUACCUCCACUGCGGCGAGGAAGCUCGCUCAUCAGCAUGAACUGCCGUACAGAUGCAAUUCGGGGCCAAGCACCUGGACCAAGUACCCCGAAGAGAGAUAGGCAGUUGACUUCAGCACCUUCAGGUACAUCGAAGCGUGCCGUUGCGCCCGUGCGCUGCGAUCCAGAUAAGACUAUCGUUCAGUUCAGGAUGUACAUUCAAGGAGGUGGCGCAGCACCUAAUGUUGGCCACGUGUCACUGUUCGCCUUUGUCGCUCAUCGCGGUGACCUCCUACGGAUCGCAGAAGCAGACAACAAAACUGAAUCAGGCUCAUCAUCUCCAACUGAAGUUGUCGCAACGCCAUGGGACUCGUGGGGUCCCAGAUCAACACGCUGGAGUGGCAAUGACGAAACGGACACGGCCUGGAUGGCAGGCGUGGCUGGCCAAAGGCAGAUCUACAUCACGGGAGACAGACCUCGUCGUAUACAUGUCAGGGACUACAAUUCUGCCACCGUCAGAAAAGCGCUUUCACCAGCUGGGAUUGAGCGUCGUCAAGAUCGAGUAAAAGUGGUUACAGGAGAAAUAGUUACUGCUCGCCAAGGUUGCUUUGUGAAUGACGUGCACUCAUCCUUGCCCUUCGUCGAAGUCGUAUCAGACCAGACAUUUGAGUAUGACGGUGUACUAAUGGAUGAAAGCCAUGUCAUUGGGUUGACGGAGGAUGAAGAAGACGGGUCCAUUCGCCAAAUGGAUGUAUUUAUAAUGUCCCCUGAUGUUCCACGAACAUGCAACUCAUGUGCGUGCGUAUGCCGGGUCAUUCUCCUUGAGGCCGCGGAAAUGUGGGGUAUCAUCGCUAUGGUUCAACCAGCUCCCAAGGCCCGCGUUCUCCACUAG